AUGAAAAGUCCUCAGCUUCUACUGCUUCUGCUACUAAGUUCCACGUAUUCCACCGCGUUCCCUGUGGACACUGGCAGCAAUGGUGGAGACAUGCAGUUGGUUGAGAAAUAUUUAGAAAAUUUCUACAGUCCUGAAGGGGAGGAGGUUCCCCGGUCAAAGUCAAGAAGCUUUAACUCUGUGACGGAAAAGCUGAAAAAAAUGCAAAAGUUUUUUGGGCUGGAAGUGACUGGGAAGGUGGAUGCUGAAACAUUGGAUGUAAUGAAGCAGCCCAGGUGUGGAGUACCUGAUUUGGGUGGCUUUACCCUCACUGAAGGGAACCCUAAAUGGGACAAAACCAAUCUGACAUACAGGAUUGAAAAAUACACACGGAAAUUGGGGGGAUCUGAAGUGAGGAGAGCUAUUGAGAAAGCACUCAAAGUCUGGAGUGAUGUGUCACCCUUGACGUUCAAAGAAGAGACUGAAGGCAUUACAGAUAUAAUGAUCUCCUUUAACAGAGGAGAUCAUGGUGAUAACUCACCCUUUGAUGGACCCAGUGGGAUAUUGGCACAUGCAUUUCAGCCUGGGAGACUCAUAGGUGGAGAUGCACAUUUUGAUGAUGAUGAAAAUUGGGGAGAUCAAGGCCCAAGAGGCACCAACCUGUUUAUAGUUGCUGCCCAUGAGUUUGGACAUUCACUGGGUCUAUCUCACUCCUCGGAAGCCGGAGCACUGAUGUACCCCACCUAUGCUUACAUAGAACCGAGCUUGUUUAAACUUCCUCAAGAUGAUAUCAAUGGCAUUCAGACCAUCUACGGAAAAUCUCAGAACCCACAACAACCAACUGGACCAGUCACACCAAAAGCUUGUAGCUCCAGAACAACUUUUGAUGCUGUCACCACUUUACGGGGAGAAAUCAUGUUCUUUAAAGACAGGUUUUUCUGGCGCAAAUCCCCUCACUUACCAGAUAUAGAACUCAAUGCCAUUUCCCUCAACUGGCCAAGUUUGUCUUCUGGAGUAGAUGCUGCCUAUGAAAGUUAUGAAAAUGACCAAGUUCUUCUUUUUAAAGGAAACCGAUAUUGGGCUCUAAACGCUUAUGAUAUUGUGCGUGGCUAUCCUAAAAGAAUCACUCAUCUGGGGUUCCCAAAAUACAUUAAGCAAAUUGAUGCUGCAUUCAGUGUUCCAGAGACUGGGAAGACAUAUUUCUUCAUUGGUAGCAAGUACUGGAGAUAUGAUGAAUACAGUCAAUCCAUGGAAAAAGGCUAUCCCAGAUAUGUAGCCCAAGACUUCACAGGAGUUGGCCCCAAAAUUGAUGCUGCUUUGAGGCAUGAUGGGUACACCUAUUUUUUCCACGGAACGAAACAGAUCCAGUUUGACCUUAACAGCAAAAGGAUUGUUCGAGAUGAUCAAAGAAGCAAUUCUUGGCUGAAUUGUUAACUUUCCUCUGUUCAGUACAACAUCAUAGGCCUAAUGUUGCUUUGGAGGCAUGGUUCUUCCUCUUUUAUUCGGCGUUCGAAGAUCAUGCCUGGUGUUCUUCUCUCAUCCUGAGUUACAGCAAU